CCGGGUACCCGCGGGCGCCGCCUUCCCGCGCUUUGCCCGGGGUUCCCCGGAGUCUCUCGGGCCCCGCCGCCUCCUGCGCGCAGUGGUCACCUCCCGGGAAAGGUUGCCCUCAUUUGCCCGGUCGUCGUGUCACGCCGGCUCCGCGCCGGGCAGGGAGGGCGGAGGCGCUUAUGAAUGGGAGACCCUCGCAGGUUGUGGCAGAGUCAGCGAACGUUUAGAGCCGGGAAGACAACAAAGUUGGAAGUGGUCUCCCUAAGCUGCCCCUUGUGCGGAUCGGGAUCCCGAGCCCCGGAGCAGGAAGGAGCUCCCGAGCCAGCUGCUGAGCGUUGGUACUGAAGGCUCACGAAUCAGUUUAAUUAACUCAAGUUGAUCUGUCUGGCUGCCACCAUGUCCCAUGCCUUCUUCAAGCCAAAGCUACGCGUAAUUUGAAACAGGGAUAUGAGCUGCCCAUCAUAAGCUCCUGAGAGCUGCCCUCCACGGAGCCCAGCAGAGGAGCGGGCAAACAUGAGAUCCAAUCCUGCCAUCCAAGCUGCCAUUGACCUCACGGCAGGGGCCGCAGGUAAUCCCAGAGAAAACCCAUCCUUUGUUCCUCAAAUACCUUCUGCAGGGGGCACAGCAUGUGUACUCACCGGGCAGCCCUUCGACACCAUGAAAGUGAAGAUGCAGACGUUCCCCGACCUGUACAGGGGCCUCACCGACUGCUGCCUGAAGACCUACUCCCAGGUGGGCUUCCGGGGCUUCUACAAGGGGACCAGCCCAGCGCUGAUAGCCAAUAUCGCCGAGAACUCCGUCCUCUUCAUGUGCUACGGAUUCUGCCAGCAGGUGGUACGGAAAGUGGUUGGAUUGGAAAAGCAGGCGAAGCUGAGUGAUCUGCAGAAUGCAGCUGCUGGUUCCUUUGCCUCUGCCUUUGCUGCUCUGGUCCUCUGCCCCACCGAGCUCGUGAAGUGCCGGCUGCAGACCAUGUAUGAAAUGGAGACGUCGGGAAAGAUAGCCAAAAGCCAGAACACAGUUUGGUCUGUCGUGAAGAGUAUCCUUAGGAAGGACGGCCCCUUGGGCUUCUACCAUGGACUCUCGAGCACUUUACUUCGAGAAGUACCGGGCUACUUCUUCUUCUUCGGUGGCUAUGAGCUGAGCCGAUCGUUUUUUGCAUCGGGGAGAUCAAAAGAUGAACUAGGCCCUGUCCCUUUGAUGUUAAGUGGUGGAUUUGGUGGAAUCUGCCUCUGGCUUGCUGUUUACCCAGUGGAUUGUAUCAAAUCCAGAAUUCAAGUUCUCUCCAUGUCUGGAAAACAGGCAGGAUUUAUUGGAACUUUUAUAAGCAUCGUGAAAAAUGAAGGAGUAACGGCCUUAUAUUCUGGACUGAAACCUACCAUGAUUCGCGCGUUCCCUGCCAAUGGGGCACUCUUUUUGGCCUAUGAAUACAGCAGGAAGUUGAUGAUGAGCCAGUUCGAAGCAUACUGAAGUGUUCUGGCAAACCUUGAUCCAAGUGAAGGUGUUUGAGGACUGCAGUUCUCAGAGUUUCAAGGAGUACAAGACCGAUGCGGAAUUUUUUGAUUUUGUGGGAAUUUUUUUUUUGUCUUCCAUUUUUCUACCUUAUACCUUAAACUUUGUAGAAGAGCUUCUUUUAUAUAAUUUCUGCACAUAAUCGUAUUGAAAUGGAGAAGUUGCUGCUCUUGUCCUUGGUGGGACAUACAGGGUGGGCUGCUGGCCCUAGGUACCUAAUAUGUUUAAUCUCAGAGCUCACUAGAAAAAAACAAGAGGUAAUCAUGUUUCCUGAGAAUGGUUAUAAAUGCUUAAUCCAUUCUAGAUGUGGGUCUCUUUUAAAAUCUGCUUAGCACAUACCCUAUAAUAAGUGGUUCAAGUUUUUAAAGAGUUUUCCUGUGGUGCUUGAAAACUAAGGCGUCCGUCUAGAUUCUAAAGAGGAGAAUAUACCUGCAUACUGGUGUGGCCUCCGUGUUCUUAAGUUUCAGAGUAAGCGUCCUGGAUUUUCCCAAGAUGCUCCUCUGUGGAAACAGUGCCCUCCAUUGUCUUCCAGGUGGGAUCACAUUCCAGGCUCGGACAUAUUGUUGGGUGUGGCCUAGAGCCUGGCCCUCGCCUGUGCCAGCCCCUCCUCCUGUCCCCAGGAGCUCCUCUCUGCUGGGCUUGAGCUCAAGGAAGGGGCUGAGGGGAGGGGCCUGGCGUGCUUUGUGAAGACUGUGGCCGACAGCUGCCCUGAGCUGCUGCCUCUGUGUCCUGGCCUGGGUGGGAUUCCAGAGAAGUCUGUCGGACCACCUAUGGGCUGCUGAUCCACUUUGGACCACGCCCUCCUUGCCUCUGCCAAUCGGAAGCCCUUCCUGGGAGCAGAGUGCCAAAGCCAAGAGAGGCCCUGGCUCCGCGUCCGGGGACAGAGUGGUGGUGCUUGUGGGCAAAGCGGUCUCCUUUCAGAGGGAACCGGAGUGUCGUGCUUGCACUCCCCGUGAGCGGUGUCAGGGCUGACCCAGGCUGAAGCUUGUCUCGGGAUCCCUGACUCCUUGCCAUGCUGGAGCCUUUAAUAGGGGGUACUGGCUGUCGUGAAUUUCAGUGAUGUGGUCUCUGGGGUGUGACUUAAUAAAUCAAUGAGGCUAAGAUAAUUUCAUUAAACUAUGCCUUAUGUAUGCACUAAUAACAAACCCCGGUUCAUCUGACUCCUGUAGACUCGGGAUGGGCAGCUGUUCCCUGGCCGUCUGGUUUACGGGAGCCCUUGUCGUCACCAGUGAAGUAAGCCGCCUCAUUCUGUGCUGCUACGAGACCCCCCAGGCCUCUAAUAAAGAGUUCUUAAUCCACCCCUGCGGCUGAUGUGUUGAUAAUGAUCCACACUGGUAUGUCCGCCCCUGUCGGCAGAACGGAAGCGUCGUGUGAGACCUCCAGUUUCCACAAGUUUUUGUUCUCCCUGCAGCCUCGGUGGUGACUCCAGCCAGAAGCCAGAGGGUCAGGAAGGCCAGCUGCUGGCAGACAAGUUUAGCGGAGCGGGGAUGCCCGGUGGGCUCCAGAGCUAUGCCUGGUCUAACGUUUGCCUUUUCUUGAAAAGCAAUUUUUCUACCUUACUUUUGUCCGUACUUAAAUGGUCAGUAGCUACUGAGUGGUGCUUCUUCUGAACAGGCCUGGAUUGAAGCAACAAUAGCAAAUGGCACCGGCUUCCCCCAGGAAGUGACCUGCUCCGGAGCCCAGCGGGCCCCUGUUGUCUAAGUCCUGUUGGCAGUAGGUCUUCUCACAUGUCGUCCUGUAAAGAUUUAACUGAAUAUCUUCAACAGAAACUGUCUGAGGCAAGUAAGAGUGAGUGGGAGUAAUGAAUGGAAACUUAAGACAGAGUUGGGUUUUUUUACGUUUCAUUCUAUUUACUUAAUUCAUGGUUCAGUAUUUGGGUACAAUUUGUACCAUUUCAAAUCUGUACUCCAGACAAAAAUAGUAACUUGAAAUACUGUGUUUAAAGAAAUUCUCGUGUUCUAUCAUUAAAUUAUUUGCCUAAUAGUUGACUGUAUGAUUUAAGUACUUUACGUGCUAAGAACCAGCUGUCAGGAAUGUUUGAGUUAUGUAUGGUGAUGUUUCAAGGUGAUGGUUUUAUUGCAAUGAGCAUUGUUACUUUUGUCAGCAAGAUUCCUGAUGUAAAAUAACUACUGAUAUAAAUACAUAUUCUGUAUACACUGCAGUUACAAAACGUGGCCCACUAGAAUUACUCUCCCUCCACCAGGCUGUAUGUGAUGUGACUGAUUUGGCAGGAUGCCAUUUUUUUUCCCUCCCUGCGGUACGCGGGCCUCUCACUGCUGCGGCCCCUCCCGUUGCGGAGCACAGGCUCCGGACGCGCAGGCUCAGCGGCCACGGCUCACGG